CCAACGCAGUUGGAACGCAUUCUAGGACAGCAGAUCGCAGAUCGCCGCCGCAGCAGCAUUCAGUCAGAGAUCGGGAAUAGGAGAUACACGUUCUAUACACACGGAGAUCCGCGCACAGCAGCCCCACACACAGAUACAAAAUGGAGGACGAUGAGAAAAUGGACAUCAUGCGCAAGGCAUUCCAAAUGUUCGACACACAAAAGACGGGCUUCAUCGAGACCCUGCGCCUGAAGACGAUCCUCAACAGCAUGGGUCAGAUGUUCGAGGAGAGCGAACUGCAGGCCCUGGUCGACGAUAACGAUCCCGAGGACACGGGCAAGGUGAAUUUCGAUGGCUUCUGUGCCAUUGCCGCCCAUUUCCUCGAGGAGGAGGAUGCCGAGGCCAUCCAAAAGGAGCUGAAGGAGGCCUUCCGUCUGUACGAUCGCGAGGGCAAUGGUUACAUCACCACCUCCACCCUCAAGGAGAUCCUGGCCGCCCUCGACGACAAGCUCUCCUCCAGCGACCUCGAUGGCAUCAUUGCCGAGAUCGACACGGACGGUUCCGGCACUGUGGACUUUGAUGAAUUCAUGGAGAUGAUGGCGGGCGAGUAGAGGGGGAGAGGGAAUCAUUAUUUGCUGACAUAAAACCAACGUGGAAACAAGCUUUUGGGUUUAAUAAUAAUUU